CCUGCCGGCGGCGUUUUUAUUUCGUAACCUUCGUAAUAAGUAUUCAUCAAAUAAAACCUAAAUAAACAAGAUGAAUAAUAUCUUCAAAUUUCUACGAAAGCCGCUUACAACGGUUGUCAGUGCAUCACAGCAGGUACCGAGAAGAUUUUUCGCCUCACCACCAAAGCGUUUCUACAAACGUACCUCCGUGCUCUGCAAUGACGGGAAGUACGAGGUAACACUGGAUAGCCGGAAAUUAAAGACACCGAAUGGUACAUUAUUUACAGUUAAAAGUGAACCCCUGGCGAUAGCUGUGGCCACAGAAUUCGAUGCACAGAAAGAGCACAUCGAACGCUCCAAAAUGCAUUUGUCGGCGUUAUGUUUCACGGCUAUCGAUAACCCCAAUAGACAUACAAAGACAGAUAUGGUGAACUAUGUGCUGAAUUACAUAGCAACAGACACUGUGCUCUUUCAAUACGACGAUGAAAAAGAAUUGUUUGACCUGCAGCGCAACGAAUGGGAUCCUAUUAUACAGUGGUUCAACGAACGCUAUGGCACAAACUUGAAGAAGACUAUGGUAAUGUCGCCUCCAAAUGUGAGUGCUGAUGAUAAAAUGAAAGUAUCCAAGUACCUGCUGUCACACAGUGAGGAUGUAUUAUUUGGUUUCAUAUUCGCUGUGGACACUUUGAAAUCUGUUUUGCUUGCCUUUGCUGCAAUCGACCAGCGCAUUAGUGUUGAAAAGGCCGUUGCGUUGUCACGCUUAGAGGAGGAAUACCAAUCGAAGUUUUGGGGGCGCGUUGAAUGGGCGCAUGACCUGAGUCAACAAGAAUUGCAAGCGCGUUUGGCUGCUGCAGUGCUCUUUGUGCAUCUCAAUCGAUCAGAACAUUUUGUGAAAGAAAAGUUAAUAGUUUAAUGUAGUAGUGAUAUAGAAAAAAUAAAAGUUAAUUGUUUGUACAUAUAAGUAGCUGAAUGUGCCUCACACAAUAAAAAAAAAAACACUAAAACAUAUGCCACAACACAGGCAGCUAUUGGAAUAUAAUGCAGCAGUAAAUAGCACGUACGUGGUCGGCAGGCUAAUCACCUACCCUGUCAGAAAUCAAAUAGAUUAACGAAAUCAACACUAGACAAGUAUUGUCGAGGCCCUAUGCUUCCCAGAGGAGUGAACAAGGAAAAAAAAAUAUGGUCGUUUCCACGACAGUCGGUUCUACUUAACCGAAACGACGUGGAUUUACAUCCGGCCAAGGACUAUCACUUCAGCAGCAUUCCUCGUAUAUGUAUGGGAAAUGCUACAACAACUACAACAGCACGUACAUA